AUGAUCUGCGAGCCCGCCUUCCUGGCCUUCGCCCCCAACCUCGGAUUCUUCCCCGUAAACAGCCCCGACACCAUCAUCACCUCGCUGCUCAUAGUGGCCUAUGCCCUGGACAUCUGCCUGAACUUCUUCGUGGCGUAUUAUGACGAGGACGGGACCCUUGUAACAAACCCCCGGGCCAUCGCUCGGCACUAUGCGGAGUGGCAGCUGUGGGUCGAUCUGAUCACCACGAUCCCCUUUGACUGGAUUGUGCUGGGCCUGAGGCACGAGUCUACAGUAGCAACUCGCUACGUCAGCCUGCUGCGCCUGCUGCGCAUCGGGCGCGCCUACCGCCUCAAUAAGUGGGCCCUGUUCCUCACCAACAACACCAGCCUCAGCUUGUUUUGGCUGACCAUGCUGCGCAACGGCCUCGUGCUGUUCUACUGCACACACAUCGGUGCCUGCGUCUUCUUCUACCUUGCUCGCCAGACCGAGGGCUCUGUGGUGCUGUGGCUGACGCCCGCGCACGACGCCGUCACCGGGGCGGGCGGCAUGCCCGACGCGUCGCCGUUUGGCAAGUACAUCUUCUCCCUCUACUGGUCCGUAGUCACCUUUGCCACGGUCGGGUACGGCGACAUUCACGCUCAGACAGUCGAGGAGGCCGCCUUUGUCACGUUUUACAUCUACCUCAACGUUUUCGUCGGCGCCUACAUCAUAGGCACGGUCACCCUGCUGGUGACGCGCGCCGACGAGGAGACAGGGCGGUACAGGUCUGAGCUGGCAGUUCUGGAGCAGUACGGUGCCACGCACCGCAUCCCGAAGGAUAUGCUGUCCGCAAUGCGGGGCCACCUGCGCCUGCACCACAGUGCCCAGGAGGCCACCGAUGAGCGGGUGCUGGCUGUGCUGCCGUCUGCAAUGCGGCACAGGGUGCUGGGUUACAUGUACAGCGGCGUGCUGGCAGACUCAUGGCUGCUGGAGGGGGUCCACCAGAAGUUCCUUGACACCUUGCUGGGGUCAGCAAAGAUGGAGUAUGUCAUGCCCAAGGUCGAGAUUGUUAGCGAGGGUGAUCUGGUGAAUGAGUUGCGCGCGCCGUGA